CAACACCAAACUAAAUAUCUGGUCCAUCCAGUAGUUGUUGACGCAAUGGUGGCGUCGGUGGGACAUUGAAUGACUUUGGCUCGACCACGAAGAUAGCUAACGUUAGGUUUUAUCAUUUUAUUCACAAACCGCGAACAUGGAGGCUCUUAUCCCCGUGAUAAACAAGCUGCAGGAUGUUUUCAACACAGUGGGAGCGGAUAUCAUCCAGCUGCCGCAGAUAGCAGUAGUGGGGACUCAGAGCAGCGGUAAGAGCUCCGUGCUGGAGAGCCUGGUGGGCAGGGACCUGCUGCCCCGUGGGACAGGUGUCGUAACCAGGCGACCUCUCAUCCUCCAACUGGUCCACGUAGAGCCUGGAGAUGCAAGGAAAAACGAUGACGGUGGCAGAGAUGGUGAAGACUGGGGCAAGUUUCUGCAUACAAAAAACCAGAUCUUCACAGAUUUUGAAGAAAUCAGACAAGAAAUAGAAAAUGAAACGGAGCGAAUAUCUGGGAAUAAUAAGGGGAUCAGCGACGAUCCCAUUCAUCUGAAGAUAUUCUCUCCAAACGUUGUCAACCUGACGCUGGUGGAUCUGCCUGGAAUCACUAAGGUGCCCGUGGGUGAUCAACCUAACGACAUCGAGGUUCAGAUAAAGGAUCUAAUCCUGAAGCACAUCUCUAACCCCAACUGCAUCAUCCUGGCUGUCAGCGCGGCUAACACGGACAUGGCCACCUCGGAGGCGCUCAAGGUGGCCCGGGAGGUCGACCCCGACGGCAGGAGGACACUGGCUGUGGUCACCAAGCUGGACCUGAUGGACGCCGGCACUGAUGCUAUGGACGUGCUGAUGGGCAGAGUCAUUCCUGUCAAACUCGGCCUCAUUGGAGUCGUCAACAGGAGCCAGUUGGACAUCAACAAUAAAAAGUCUGUGACCGAUGCCAUUCGAGACGAACAUGCUUUCCUGCAGAAGAAAUAUCCAUCUCUUGCCAACAGAAACGGAACCAAAUACCUGGCCAGAACCCUCAACAGGCUGCUGAUGCAUCACAUCAGAGACUGCCUCCCCAAUCUGAAGACACGGAUCAACGUCCUGGCAUCCCAGUACCAGUCCCUGCUCAGCAGCUACGGUGAACCCGUGGAAGACCAAAGUGCCACCUUGCUCCAGCUCAUCACCAAAUUUGCCACAGAAUACUGCAACACCAUAGAGGGCACGGCCAAAUACAUUGAGACGGCAGAACUGUGUGGUGGAGCCAGAAUUUGUUACAUAUUCCACGAGACUUUUGGCAGAACAUUGGAGUCUGUGGAUUCUCUGGGAGGACUCAGCACCAUAGACAUCCUCACAGCCAUAAGAAACGCAACAGGCCCACGUCCGUCCCUGUUUGUGCCCGAGGUUUCCUUCGAGCUGUUGGUGAAGAAGCAGGUGAAACGCCUGGAGGAGCCCAGUUUGCGCUGCGUGGAGCUGGUCCACGAGGAGAUGCAGAGGAUCAUCCAGCACUGCAGCAACUACAGCACACAGGAGCUGCAGAGAUUCCCUAAGCUGCACGAGGCCAUUGUGGAAGUGGUCACCUCUCUCUUGAGGAAGAGACUGCCGGUCACCAAUGAAAUGGUGCAUAACUUGGUUGCAAUAGAGCUGGCCUACAUCAACACCAAACAUCCAGACUUUGCAGACGCCGUUGGGGUUAUGAAUAACAAUAUAGAGGAGCAAAGGAGGAACCGAAUGAGGGAGCUGCCCGCCGCAGUGCCCAGGGACAAGUCUAUUGGCAAAGGCCCGGCUGGCCCGACUGGGGUUUCUGGCGAGCCUUCUGCGUCUGGAGCAGACACGGACGGUGCCAAGGCCCCAGCAGCAGGGCCCCAGGGGGAGCAGGAUGGCAAGGGGGACUGGAGGGGGAUGCUGAAGAAAGGAGAGGAAGCCCCUGGCUCUAGACCUGGAAGCCCAUUUAAAGGAGUUGUUAACCUGCUCGAUGUGCCUGUGCCCGUUGCCAGGAAGUUGUCGUCACGUGAGCAGCGGGACUGUGAAGUCAUCGAGCGCCUCAUCAAGUCUUACUUCCUCAUCGUUCGUAAGAACAUCCAGGACAGUGUACCGAAGGCAGUGAUGCACUUCCUGGUCAACCAUGUGAAGGACAGCCUCCAGAGCGAGCUCGUUGGCCAGCUGUAUAAAUCUGGCCUCCUCAACAAUCUGCUGACUGAAUCGGAGGACAUGGCCCAGCGGCGCAUGGAGGCCGCCGACAUGCUGCAGGCUUUGCAAAAAGCUAGCCAGGUGAUCGCUGAGAUCAGAGAAACGCACAUGUGGUGAACAAUCCACGGGGGGAGCAGAGCCUGAUCUCUUCCUGCCUCAUCAUGCCGAAUGGACCGACGCUCCCAUGCAUUCACGUCAGAACAGGAAGUCUGGGUUUGCAAAUGAGGAAAUGCACUGUUCUGAUUGCUGCUUAAAGUUAGCUAAUGAGCUACCUGAAAGAAAUGUAAGUUGUUUAUUUAAAAAUGCUUGGUGUUUUAAAGAGUAUAAUGGAAAUGCACUGCCUCUAAAGAUGAUAUUUUAGAAACUGCUGUGGCCACCCAUGGCUGCUGGAGGGAUGGAGAGUGCAGCCGAAAGUAAACUACUUUACAUUUUGACAGACUGCGGUUAACCAGCAGGGAAAUGGACGUUUUAAUGCCAUCUUGGCAGCUCCACAAAGCACUAAUGUUUGGGCUUCAAGUUGUAACAAAGUAUUUCUCGCCUCCCGUUUCAUUUAGUUUAGCUGUCAAGCUAUAAAAACCUCAGAAGUGCAACAAUAGAGCAGAAAUCGGUUAAAUGUUAAUCCAUGAGUUGCAGCAAAUGUUAGUUCUGCCUGUGUACAUACUGAAUCACUUUUUUUUGUUGCACUGUCACAUACUGUACUGUAUAGAAAGUGUAUUUGGACACUUGCCAUAAUUGUAUUUAUUAAUGUAUCAUUUAAUGUACGGAUAAUGUCGAGCACCGAGUUAUAUUAUGUUUACAUAUCACCUAUAUGGGAAAUUCAUUGUGCACUGGUUGUGUAUGGUUGCCAGAAGAAUAAAUAAAAGUAUUUUAAUGCCA